AUGAGCGAACAUGAUCGAAAAAAAGGCUUCAUAUACGUUUUCCAGGAUAAAAACCAUCCAGAGUCUGUCUUCAAAAUCGGCGUCACCGAGCGCCCGUACAAUGAACGAUUGGAAGAACACAGCAAAUGCUGCAAAUUUGAACAAGACAUCGCCCACGUGUCGGCCCAAGUGAUUCAAAACAGCAAGCUCUUGGAAUGGCUCAUACAUCGCGAUUUGUGUUAUGAGGUGAGGUAUCGCUCCUGUCCCAACAAGACAAAGGGCCAUACCGAGUGGUUUGCAGUCUCGAAAGAAAUGGCGGUCCAGACUGUAAAGAAGUGGGAGCGUUUUAUGCACGAGGAGAGGCCGUAUGAUUCGCAAGGCAAUCUCAAUGUCGUGUGGGAGUAUGUGUUUGAGCAACGGUCCCCAGCGGCUCUUGGCGUAGACGAGAUGUCUCAUAAAGCUCGACACGAGCAAUGGGUUGCUAUCCUUGCGCCCCCAACGUACAGUGACUACUUCCAUGCCUACCUAGCAUACGCACGUUCUGAACUCAAAACCACCUACGACUGGGUGUACAUGUUCUUCUGGCAAUUGUCGACAAUACUGUAUAGCUUGCAUACGCUUGCGUUGUGUAGGAAUCGCCCGGCGUUUUAUGCGCUUGUUUUUGUGCUUGGAUGCGCUGUGUUGUCAAACUUUCGGCUUCAGUCCACUGAGAAGCAAAAGGUUGGCUCUCCCAGGAAAAAGGCACAAUGAAUUUAGGUCGUGGUUUUCUUUUCAAAUGUACAGUAGUUAUUUGGUUUAUCACUUUACUCGGCAAUUCAAGCUAGACAUUUCAUUUCAC